AUGAAACAAGAGUACACAACAUCGUACAUCGCUGAUGGAGUCCAGUUCAACUGGAAUGUGUUCCCAUCGACUAGACUAGAAGCUAAACAGCUUCUGUCCCCAAUCGGAUGCCUAUACACCCCUCUUCAUAAAAGAUCUCACAACCUUCUUGCUAUCCCAUCCACCGAUGAACAUGCCAUCAAAUGUGAUGCCUGUGAGUGUGUCAUCAAUCCGUUCGUGAAGAUCGAUAGAGCAAACAAGAUGUGGUGGUGUCCUUAUUGUGAGGGCAAGAGUUACUUACCGGAAGCGUAUGUGUUACCAGAAUCAAGUAGUUCAGAGCUGUGGCCGGUUGAGCUUCGACAGUCUUCUUCAACAAUUGAUUACAAGUUGCCUAACGAUGUUGCUAUUGCUUCAGAAUACCAUCCAAACUAUGUGUUUGUCAUCGAUGGUUAUCAACAUGUGGAUGAGAUCGACAAGCAACAAACUUCCUUUACUAGUAUGAAAAAGUCCGUUUGUGAAGCAAUAGAGAGCCUUCCAAAUGGAGCUUAUGUGGCAAUUGUUUCGUAUGAUGAGAAUGUAUACCUCCACAAACCACUUGAAGGAGCAACUGUCGCUAUCACAGAUGACGAUGUUCUAGGCACAAACAAUGAACUAGAUCAGUCUGUGAAACGGAAAAAAGUCCUGUUAUUCAACCCUACUGCCAUAGGGAAAGUCUUGGGAAAAUUGGGCUUGGCGAAUCUGACAUUGGGCUGGGGGUUAAAGGCAUGCGAUUUAAUCGAACGUCUGUUUCUUGUUCAGUUGACCAACUCAAACAAAGCGGUAGUCUCAAACUAUAUCAAGUCCAUCAAGCCCAAAUUCACAGACUCAUACAAACCUCCCAGAGCAACAGGGUUGGCGUUAUACACGGUGUCUGUAGUGCUCUCGAGGGCUUCAUAUAAAGGAUUUAUUGGGAAAGUCAUAUUGUUUGCGGGUGGGCCUUGUACCAGUUUUCCUGGGAACAUCAUCGACACUUCCCAUAGUAAGAACCUACGAAGUCAUCACGAUAUCGCCAACUUGAACGUUGCAGAGUUUGUUCCUUCUCUGAAAUUCUAUAAAACUUUAGCACUUGUUGGUAGUGGCCUUUCGUUUGAAGCUGCACAUUCCUGUAUUUCUAAGUCUUCAAAAAAGGAGUCUGAAUUUGAAUUGGAUAUAAAUCAGCCAAAAUGGUCAUUUGAUUUGUAUUCAGGAUCUUUGGACCAAGUAGGAAUCUAUGAGAUGAAAGACUUAUCACUGCACACCAUGGGAAGCAUAUAUUUAUUUGAUUCAUUUGAUAAUAGGCAAUUCCACACCGAAUUGAUGAACUCUUUUAGAGCUUCCAAGGUGUACAAUUCGACGCUAACAGUCAGAACGUCUCCCGGAUUGAAGGUUUCUCGAUUAAUAGGGCCAGGUCAUUGUCUUCCUUCUUCUUACCAGGCAGAGAAGUAUUAUACUUUACACCAUGAAAAGAUCUCUGAUCACUUGAGUAGUUUUGACUCGAGUUCCAAGAAGAAGAACUUUACGAAUCGGUGGUGUUUCAACGAGUUGACACCCCACAAUUCGUGUGCAAUAAUAUUUGACCCCGAGACUGUGGGAUCAACAACAAGCUUGAGUGAAGGUGGUAUUAAGGAAAUGUUUAUACAGUUCCAGCUUAAAUACUUGGAUCCGAUUGAAAACGUUUGGAAAUUAAGAGUUACAAACAUCACAAAAAAGACCACAUUAUAUUAUUUGGCUGCAAAUAAAGUCAAAAUGAGCAACAACACUUAUAAAUUGGUAAACACCAAGAGCUCAAUUAUCAAAGAGGAAAAGCUACUUGAAAGUUUUGACCAGUUUGCCUUUAUUGUCAUCUUCACCAGGUUGAUUUUGGACAAGAUAGACAGCAUUUUAGGGUUUGAGGAGUUUGAUAGCGUUAUAGGGAGUAUUGAUAAAGUGUUGAUCAGGCUACUUCACUAUUUUGGGGGCAUCUCCCUCAACCAAGCAUAUUUAUCAGGAAGCAAUCCAUACCUGAAUCUUCUCGAUGAUAUCGUUCAAAAGUAUACGAUCAAUGAGAACUUUAAAGAACUACCUUCUUUGACGUAUUACUUGAGGAGAAAUCCUCAGUUGAUCCGAAUUUUCAAUUCGCUGCCAGAUGAAACAGCAUUCUACCACCAUUGGUUUAUGAAUGUGGAAAGUGAUAUCUCGUUGACAAUGAUUAAACCGAAGAUGUACCUGCUCUUUGAAGGGAACAUAUCUGAAAUCAGCUUGGAUGCCCAGAAUGUGUUGAGUGCUCCUCCAGAUUGUUUCAUCGUCAUGGACUCAGUUUUCAGUAUUAUCAUCUACAAGAACGAUUUGUCAUUGAGGUUACACCAUUCCAGUAAUUUGCACUUAAUUGACGACAACCACGAUUCCAUUGAAGAGGUGAUGACAUUUAUCAAAACCCUUGGAGACAGACGGUUGCAACCUAAAUAUGUGAUUACCCAGAAGAACCAUUCACAGUCAAGAUUCUUAUUGGCCCGAUUGAAUCCUGCUGAGGACAUAGAAUCAAAACUUGAGGGGAUUAGUAUUAACGAACCGAAAGGGUUCUUGGCUAAGCUAUUUGGAAGCAAGGGCCAGUCACAGCAACGGUCUUAUUCUUCAUUAUUAACAGAUGACAUAAGUCUAAAUGAGUACUACACGGGAUUGAUCGAGACAAUAAAGAAGUUCCUGGACGAUCAAGACUCGUGA